AUGGAACGAGAAUUGAGUGAAUCACCUAGUUCGAAAAGGCCACGAUUGAAUCAGACUACACCAGUUGCUACUACUUCUCUUAUCUCAUCUGCUAUUGCAUCUCAGCAACAAUUAAAUAAAAAUGUCUCUGUGCUUGAAAAAGAAGAAGCAUUAGAUGUAUCAAAAGUUCCUGAAAUUAUGGAUGAGAAAAGUGACAUUACAGUAAGCCGUAAGGUGCCCCCUCUACGGAUAUCAUUACCCCGUACACCUAGCGAAGAUGGUGCAGCGAUAUCAAACUUUAUAGAUGACGGAACGUCCGCUACAAGUGUUGGACGACGAAAUUCAAGAAAUACUAAAAAUCCUAUUCGAAGACAUCAAAGUCCUGAUCAAAGCAGCAGUGCUAAUGCUUGUGACGAAAGUGUACAACGAGUUACGAGAAGCAAACUUAAACAGUUUGGGCGACAACUUCGCGAUCCUUCAAUAAUUAGUUGCGAAUUGUCUGCAAAGAAAAAAUCUAGUGGUUGGCGACGUGGAUCUACUAGUACUGCUUCACUUAUGCCAAUGGCUUCUGUAGGAUUACCUGAUGAGCAUUCAACCUCGAUGGUAGAAGCUAUUGAUAGAGCUGAAAGUACAUUUUUUUUAAUUUGUGAAAAUAAACUAAAAGAAAUUGCAGCAGAAGACAGCUCACAUAUAGAGCCAGUUGCGCAAAAAGAAGAUGAAAACACGUUAUUAGCUUUGUCUCUCAUGAAGCAGAAUGCAUAUGAAGGCUUUCGGAGCUUCCGUGCAGUAAUUGAAGAGCGCUGGGCUAAAGAUGCUACCAAAGAAACUCCUAUUCCGGAACAUCCACCUAAUUAUGAAAAUUAUAUGAUUGUGCGAGGAAAUUAUACGUCAGCAAGUAAUAUUGAGACGUUACCUUUUCAAGAAAAAACAGAUAAUGAAUUUUUGGAAAAGUUAACUGCGAAACUUCGCACUCUUUAUUUAGAACAACAAGAAAAAAGGAAAAAUAUGCAAAUUUACCAUCAGGUUGAACGAGAACGAUUACAAAUGCAAGCAGAAAGUGAAGCACUUCGUAUGCUUGCGAGAAAAGCUAAUGAAGGUUACGAAUCUUUUUCAGCAAUGAGAAUGAUCCGUGAGACGAACUUAUUCAAUACGGGGUUUCUGGAGGUGAAGCCAAAACAGUUGCCAAUCAUGGAAGUUUCGGAGGUCAAAGAAAAAUUUAGUAAACUCGCAAACUCAAUGCACAUCAGACAAAAAAUGGAAGCAGAUGCUUUGUUUGCAGAACAGCUGUUCACAUGGAAUGCAGCCAUUCAGAGAAGUGAGGAUUCAACACUUGUAAGUUUGAAGAAUGUUGUACCUCGUGUUCCAGUUGUUCCAUUGAUUCUGAAUUUAUAG